AUGGCGAACGCCGAGGUGAGCGUCCCUGUGGGCGAUGUGGUGGUUGUACCAAGUGACGGCAACGAAGGGGAGAACCCGGAGGAUACCAAGACCCAAGUGAUCCUGCAGCUCCAGCCCGUGCAGCAGGGGAUCUACCAAGAGGGCUCGGAGGCCAGCGCCGCCGUGGUGGCCGUCGAAACGCACACCAUACACAAGCUGGAAGAAGGGCUCGACCCCAGCACCAUUGAAACAAACGAGGAAAUCGAGAUUGCCUACCCCAUCACCUGCGGGGAGAGCAAAGCCAUCCUGCUCUGGAAGAAGUUCGUCUGUCCGGGAAUUAAUGUCAAGUGUGUCAAGUUCAAUGACCAGCUGAUCAGCCCGAAGCAUUUUGUUCACCUGGCUGGGAAGUCAACCCUAAAGGACUGGAAGAGAGCCAUCCGCCUCGGAGGCAUCAUGCUGAGGAAGAUGAUGGACUCGGGGCAAAUCGACUUCUACCAGCACGACAAGGUUUGCACCAACACCUGCCGGAGCACCAAGUUCGACCUGCUGAUCAGCAGCGCCCGAGCGCCGGUGCCGGGCCAGCAGAGCGUGGUGCAGACUCCCACCUCUGCUGACGGGAGCAUCACCCAAAUCGCGCUGUCGGAGGAGAGCAUGGAGGAGGGGAUCGAGUGGAACUCGGCGCUGACAGCUGCCGUCACCAUGGCCACUGAGGAAGGCAUGAAAAAGGACACAGACGAGAUCUCGGAGGACACGCUGAUGUUCUGGAAGGGAAUCGCUGACGUGGGGCUGAUGGAGGAGGUUGUGUGCAACAUCCAGAAGGAGAUAGAGGAAGUGCUGAGAGGCGUCCAGCAGAGGCUGGGCCAGUCUCCCUUCCAGAUGACAGAUGCCGCAGUCUUGAACAACGUUGCUCACACAUUUGGCCUGAUGGACACAGUCAAGAAGGUUCUGGACAACAGGAAAAACCAGACGGAGCAAGGAGAAGAGCAGUUCCUUUACGCGCUGGCAGACCUGGAGCGGCAGCUGGAGGAGCAGAAGAAACUCGCCAAGGACCAGAAGGCGAAGUCCCAAACCAUCCAGAACGUGGUGCUGAUGCCCGUCAGCGCCCCCAAACCCCCCAAGAGACCCCGGCUGCAGCGCCCGGCCUCCGCCACCGUCCUCAGCCCCUCCACCCCCAUCCAGCAGCCUCAGUUCACCGUCAUCUCGCCCAUCGCUAUCGCGCCCGUCGGACAGCAGUUCUCCGUGGGCAACAUCCCGGUGGCCACCAUUAGCCAAGGCUCCAGCCCGGUGACUGUCCACACCUUGCCGUCCGGCUCCCAGCUCUUCCGAUACGCCACCGUGGUGUCCUCGUCCAAGACCAGCUCCUCCGACACGGUGACCCUCCACCCGUCCUCCAGCCUGGCGCUGCUCAGCUCGGCGGCCAUGCAGGACAGCGGCGCCUUGGCCAACGUGGCGGCCGUGGUGAACCCCGUGGAACUGGUGGCCAUGGAGUCGGGCCUCACCUCCACCAUCCAAGCCGUGGAGGGCACCUCGGACGACGGGCAGACCAUCAUAGAGAUCGACCCGGCGCCCGACCCCGAGGCGGACGCGGACGAGGCCGAGGGCAAGGCGGUGAUCCUGGAGACCGAGCUGAGGACUGAGGAGAAGGUGGUGGGAGACGUGGAGGACCACCAGCACCAGGUCCAUAACGUGGAGAUUGUGGUCCUGGAGGACUAGCAGGGAAGGCGAGCGUCGGUUUGGGGAAGAGCUGGGAAUCCGUUUUAUUUUGGGCUUUUUGGUUAAGCAUCCUUACCGGCCACCCCAUUUGUUUCCAUGGAUAUUUUCAUUGUACUGUAUAUAAAAAAUAUAUAUAUAUAAUUUUUUUUUUAAAACAAACAAAAAAAAAAAG